ACUACCACAACAAUUCACCAAUAAUAUAGAGAAUAGACCUAUUACAUCAUCCUACAAGAGUGCUUCAGACCAGCAGGAAGAACUCCAGGUGCAACAACUAAAAUCAGUGUCACAUAAUAUGAUAAAUGAUGGAGUUUGUGAAAGAGGAGAGUGAAGACAUGAGUUAUUCAGAACCAUACAACAUACAACACGAAGAUACUGAGGAACAAAUUGACAUCAUGGAAGUGAAAGAGGAAAGUCAAGAACUGGAGGAGAAGAAAUCUUCAAACUUCAUACAAGAAGAAGAAGAAGAAGAAGAAGAAGAAGAAGGAUCUUCUUGUUGCUCACAGACUGAGAGGAAAUUCUCUCAAGAGUCAACUCAAAGAACAGAAGCCAAAAACUCUUUCACCUGCCUUCAGUGUGGAAAGAGUUUCACACUUAAAAAAAACCUUACGAAACACAUGAGAAUUCACACGGGAGAGAAGUUUGCCUGCCAUCAGUGUGGAAAGAGUUUUGCACGUAAAGAAUACUUUAAUAUUCACAUACGAAUUCACACUGGAGAGAAGCCGUUCACCUGCCAUCAGUGUGGAAAUAGUUUCAGAGCAAAAGAACAGCUGAACAGUCACAUGAAAAUUCACACUGGAGAAAAGCCUUACAAGUGUCCUCAGUGUGGAAAGAGUUUUACACGUAAAGGAACACUCAAUACUCACAUGAGAACUCACACUGGAGAGAAGUUCAUCUGCAAUACAUGUGGAAAGAGUUUUACACGUCAAGCAAAUCUUGAUAGUCACUUGAGAAUUCACACUGGAGAAAAGCCGUUCAUAUGCUCUCAGUGUGGAAAGAGUUUCAGAGCAAAAGAACUGCUGAAAAGUCACAUGGAAAUUCACACUGGAGAGAAGCCUUACAUGUGCCCUCAGUGUGGAAAGAGUUUUUCACGUAAAUCAAAUCUGAAUUGUCACAUGAGGUUUCACACAGGAGUGAAGACAUUUAAAUGCACUCAAUGUGGAACGAGUUUCAGACUAAAUGAACACCUCAAGUGUCACAUGAGGAUUCACACUGGAGAGAAGUCUUACACGUGUCAUCUGUGUGGAAAAAGUUUCACACGUGCAUACAGUCUCACAAGUCAUCUCCGCAGUCACUCUGGUGAAAAGCCAUUUAACUGUGAUCGCUGCGGUAAAAAAUUUAUAAUGCAUUCAUGGCUAACAGCACACCUUAAAGUUCAUACAAAUGAAAAGCCACACUUGUGUUCGUUUUGUGGUAAGAGUUUUUUAAAGCUGAGCUAUUGGAAAGAUCAUCAGAAAAUACAUACCGGUGAGAGAGAUCAUGUGUGCUUUGUGUGUGGAAAGGGCUUCAUUGCAGCCAACCAAUUGAAACCACACAUGAGAAUUCACACUGGAGAGAAACCUUACAAGUGCUCACAUUGUGACCAGAGUUUUGCUUAUUCGGUGCAACGGAAAGCACAUGAGAGAGUUCAUACUGGAGAAAAACCGUACAAGUGCUCUCAUUGUGACAAGAGAUUCACUAUGUCACGACACCUGAAAUCACAUGUGAAAGUGCAUACCAGAGAGAAACCUUCCCACAUGGCCUCCAAUGUUUCAACCGAUUAAGGAGUCUUUAAAACUGUAAAAGUGAACAACACUUUCCAGUAAAUAGCAUGAAAUUAAAGAUAUCAUUCAGCUGAAAAUCAUUUACCCUUUCGUCAUUCCCGAUUACUUUCUUUCUGCGGAACACAAGAAGAGAAUUAAAUGAACGUCUUGUUUGCUGAAUUACAAUGACAGUACGUAGAGACUCACUUAAACUUUGUGUCGCCAGAAACAAUGACUUGACAUUAUCAACAUAGCUGUCAUUGGAUUUCAGUGCUGUUUAUAGACUUUAUUAAUGAUCUUAUUUGACUUAAAAUAAGUUCAUGGUUCAAAGUGAUUGAAUGCCCUUAGAUUAUAUAAUCUAAGAAAUUGCAGUAAGUGUUUUCACUGAUUUAGUUCAGAAAAUGAAUGUGUUGCUGUUGAGUUUUGUAGGAUCUUUUACUUUUUUGUUGGGAAUUUGCAAUGACUUUAUUCAGUCUAUUAGAACUCCCUCUGUAUCUAUAACAACUUGAUUUGUUUAAUUAUAUCCAUUAAAAGGCAUUUAGAAAUUAACAGACUUGCUUGCACUGCAUUUAAGAGACUAAAAGAGUGACUUUGUGUUUGGAAAUUGAGCUUGUCCACAGCUCUAACAGUGUGGAUGAACAUAUGGAUGUGGAUAAAUGUCAUUUUUGUCAUACCAUUAUUUCUGCUGUGUAAUUAGUUUGCAUAAAUCAGUCAAUCUCUGAUGUGUGUGAGUUCUUGCUUGAAUGUAAUUCAUUACUGUCAUUAAAAUUUCUCAAAAGGCCACAUGUGCUGAUUGUACAUGAAUUAUGAGAA